AUGGCUGGCUUAGUAAAAUUGUCAAAAUUUGCACUUAAAAUUUCAAAUAAAAAUAGUUUAGGAUUAGUUUUUAGAAGUGCAAGUCAUUGGAAUAAGGACUGGAAGCCUAGUCCUUUCCCAGAAACACAAGCAGAACGUGAAGCAGCUGCUAAAAAGUAUGGAAUUCCAGUAGAACAAUAUCAACCUUAUCCUGAUGAUGGAACUGGCAAUGGAGACUAUCCAAAAUUAGCUGAUAUUUCAACGGAACGUAAAGAUCCAUAUUAUCCAUAUGAUUAUCCAGAAGUAAGACGUAAUUUUGGUGAUGCUAUGCACGUUGACACUGAUUUAUAUUCAGAAGAUCGUCACAAUAAUACACCUCAGAGAUAUUCAAUUACGUUUAUGCUAUGUUGUUUCCUCGGUUUGAUGACCGUCAGUGCUUCAAUCUUUAUUUUCUUAGAGGAUUAUAAAAUGUUCCGACCAAUUUUGCCUAAGCAGCUACCAGGCAAAGGAAAAGUACAUUACACAUUUUCACCAGUCGAUUAGACUGCAUAUUGUGAAGUGUUAAACAAUUGUAGAGUUAUGUUACUCAUUUGAAGUGAAACAGAGAAAUAAAUUAUCAAGAAAAAUAUAAUUAAUUAAUUAUGCUACAAAAAAAAGUAUGUUAAAGA